CGCCAACUUGAUGUUUCGCCGGUUUUGUGAAGAUAUGCUACUGUUAGAUUUGACAUCAUAAUAUACGUGAAACGCCGGCGCUUUGGAAUUGACCUUUGCUUUCCAGGGGAUUCAGGUCGCUCUCGAGCCAAAGCACACAUCACACAAAGCAAGAACUGUGCGCCGCUCACUGCCCCGCGAGGGCGGUGUGUCAUAACCUGUCAUUGGCUGUCAUCCAUCUGAUUCCGCGGCGGCCGGACGCAGCACGAUGCACGCCUUUCUCUUUCGUCAGGAACGCAUGUGAUCUCCAGGCGCGCUAACCUUCCCUCUCUCCCUUCCUGCUACUCCUCCUCUUCCGCCACAACCACCACCACCACCACCACAACGAGCACUACGCAUGCCGCAACUGAGCGAAGAAUCGACCGCCCUCCCGCCGAGCGGGGGCUACCCGCUCUACCUCACGGCGAAGCGGUACUGGGUCCCGAGCUGCGAGGCGCAUGCGGCGGACCCGCGCGCGCUGACGCUGCUGCUGCUGCACGCGACGAGCUUCCACAAGGAGACGUGGAUGCCCACGCUCGAGGCGCUCUUCGCCGCGGCGGACCGGCCAGGGAGCCCGGUGAAGAUCAGGGAGGCGAUCUGCUUGGACUGCCCGAACCACGGCGAGUCGGGCCAGAUGAACGCGGUCGUGCUGCUGCAGCCCGAGUUCUUCCUCAACUUUUCGUGUGAGCGAUACGCGCAGGCGGUGCAUCAUUUCCUCUCCCUCAAGCCGUUCGGGAUCGACUUCCAGAGCAGGAACUUGGUGGGGAUCGGGCACAGUCUGGGCGGGUGCACCCUAACUAUGCUACAAGCGAUCACACCCGUCUUCCCCUUCUCCUCGAUCAUCCUCAUCGAGCCUCUCAUCAGCCCGCACGGCAGCCACCACCUGCGCAAGCUGCGCGAGAUCCUCGUCAAGGGCGCAUACGAGCGCCGGGACGUGUGGCCGGACCGGCAGCAGGCCAUGGCCGCGCUCAAGCGCCGCGACCGCACGAAGAAGUGGGACCCGAGAAUCCUGGAGAACUUCGUCCAAUACGGCAUCCUGGAGCACCCCGGGGCGAAGUAUGCGGAGGGACGGUAUCCGGGCGUGACGCUGGCGUGCCAGCGUGACCAGGAAGCGGCCAUGUAUCGGGAUCCAGACGGGGCGACGAAGCCUAUGCCGACGCUGAAACGCAUCUGCCGCGAGUACCCGGUGCACCUCAUUCUCGGUGACGUGGCCGACUUCAUCCCGAAACGCGUCCAUGCAGCGAUCAGGGAAGACGUCGCCUGGGCUUCGAUCGAGGUUCUCGAAGGCGCGGGGCAUCUGAUUGUGCAGGAGGUUCCGGAUAGGCUGGGCGAGGCGAUCCAUGCGACGUUGGCGUCGAAUGGGGACUUGGUUCGGAGCAAGUUGUGAUGAGGAUCGCUUCGUUCUUAUUUAAAUCAGUACGUAUAUGUAUGGGCACUCUCAUGGAGGCCCAUUCAGGCAGGCGCAAUUCGGGAAGCCCUCCGUGCGCAACAAAAUUAUGGCGUGUAGUCUUAAAAAUAUGGGACAUUGUGACGGCCGAGGAGGUUGCUGAUAAACCGACUCGAGCGUGAGGGAUGGACAAGCAAUUUGAACCAGCCAUCUUUGAUAGACGGCCCCUCUAUAUCCCGCAAACGUUCACUACUGGACAUGUCUUCUUUCUUCUGUUGAGUAUUUCUGGCGAUUUAUUCCCAGCCACACAUAGACGAUGAGAAAUUCGUAUUAGGCUAGCGUAAAAGAUGCAAGGGCUGGUGGGGAUGCCGAGCGGUCUGACAUGGAGCACGCAGGGGGCAGAAGGCAAGAAGAUAUAUCAAUGUCACGCGACGGCGGCCCGAG